AUGGGCUACGAAGACUCCGUCUACCUCGCGAAGCUCGCUGAGCAGGCCGAGCGCUAUGAGGAAAUGGUCGAGAACAUGAAGGCCGUCGCCUCUGCCGACCAGGAGCUGUCCGUCGAGGAGCGAAAUCUUCUUUCUGUCGCCUACAAGAACGUCAUCGGCGCCCGCCGUGCCUCCUGGCGCAUCGUCACCUCCAUCGAGCAGAAGGAGGAGAGCAAGGGCAAUGAGCAGCAGGUCACUCUCAUCAAGGAGUACCGCCAGAAGAUCGAGGCCGAGCUCGCAAAGAUCUGUGAGGACAUCCUUGAGGUCUUGGACAAGCACUUGAUUCCAUCGGCCCAGAGUGGCGAGUCGAAGGUCUUCUAUCACAAGAUGAAGGGUGACUACCACCGCUACCUGGCCGAGUUUGCCAUGGGUGACAAGCGCAAGACCUCUGCCGACAAGUCCCUCGAGGCAUACCAGGCUGCCACCGAGGUCGCGAGCACUGACCUCGCACCAACACACCCCAUCCGUCUUGGUUUGGCCCUGAACUUCUCCGUGUUCUACUACGAGAUCCUCAACAGCCCAGACAAGGCUUGCCAGAUGGCCAAGACCUCAUUCGACGAGGCAAUUGCCGAGCUCGACACGCUGUCCGAGGAGAGCUACAAGGACUCCACCCUCAUCAUGCAGCUUCUCCGCGACAACUUGACUCUCUGGACUUCCUCCGAGGCCGAGCCAUCUGGUGACGCACCUGCCGCCGGCGAGGGCGAGUCCAAGGACACAUCCGACGCGCCAGCAGGCGAGGAGGCCAAGCCAGCCCAGUAG